UGUUGCUUCUCUAAUCCAGGCACACCACCAUCCUCCCAUUCUCUAUCCAUUUGUUUGAAGAAGGGUUAUGGCCAAUGCUUGCCCCACAUCUACCACAAGCUCCUUGCCCCUCUUCUUCCUCUUCUGUUUCCUGCUCUUCAGUCAUGCUCGUUGCAAUCAAGGGCACCAUGGCAGCAUCUCAGGUACAGACUAUGGAGAACAAUAUCCUCACCAAACAUUACCUGAAGAACAUAUACAUUUGCAGGAGAACAUCAAGGUUCUAAACAAGGAGAGGCUGCCCAAAUAUGCAAGGAGAAUGUUGAUUGGUUCGACUGCUCCAAUAUGCACAUACAACGAGUGCAGAGGGUGUCGAUUCAAGUGUACUGCCGAGCAGGUCCCAGUGGAUGCAAAUGACCCCAUGAAUAGUGCUUACCACUACAAAUGUGUUUGCCACAGGUGAUCAUUAAUAAUUAAGAGGAGCUUCUGUUAUGAGUAGUAGUUUGCAUCCAUUUUAUUCUCUUUUUCCCCCUUCUACCCUUCUAGGCUCAAAAGGUUCAUUUUUUCCCCUUUUGUUUUAACAAGUGGCCAGCUAGUAGAGGAUUAGAGGGCAUUUUGUAUUUUAAGAUGUUCAGGUUGUGGACUGGUAAUUUUGGAAGUAAAUGUUAAAAAAUUUGAAAAACAGCUUAUUUAUACUAUUGUGCAGACAAAAUGUUCCUUGCUUA